CACCGUCCCUUUAGUCUCGUCCCGUUGAAUCUAAACAUCAGGGGGAAAGAAGCACAUGAAUAAAGCGUGUUUUAUUUUUUCUCUCCUAUGCUUAUAUAUGAAGAGGAUGCAGUGGAAUGCUGCCAUUUGGACUCCGGGUAAAGAAGCGUCUCUACUGUCACCCCACAGUAGCGCAUGAGAGAGGCUCGAGGACGGACUCCUCCCCACCCCCUUGACACUAUCAAGACAGCGCUGAGAAAGGAUAGCUGCCUUUUUUUCCGGCCAGUCUGCGAACGGAGCAGAGACAGCGUUACGAAAAAAGGACUAGACUACAACCGGGGGUUGCCUAUAUGGCUUUCCAAAGUUCCAUCUCUGAAAACGUGGACAUUGAAGGACACCAGCUAUAGGGGGACAUUGGACACCAGCUAUAGGGGGACAUUGGACACAUAUGGCUCGUUUUCCUUACUCAAUCUUGACACCGAUCCAGCUCAGCGCAUGACCGUACAGAGACGGCUGUAGUCUGUUAGAGGGGACUUCUAACAACCGUUUUAUCAAUAUUUGUUUGAUAUCCCUAUAUGUAUAUUUGUGUGAACAUAUUUUGUCUGGCCUAGGAGUAAUUUUUACGCAUACUGGAACCGUCAAAAACGGAUGUCCCAUGCACAUACCAUACAACUGAACCAGACACUGAACCUGAAGAGAGAAGCACUAACCACAGUGACCCUUGCAUUUGAUAACUUCACCUGCUACUGUCGUCAAAUUAAGUGUGAUUCCAAUUGACCAACGAGGCGUCAUCUCUGUUGCAGGUUGCGCUAUCAAAGCCUCUCGCACCUUGGGGUAGGAGACAGCGAUUUUCUGUUGUUGAAUUGUCUUGCCUAUUUUUGCCAUUCAUAAACUGCGACAGAGGACAGAAAAGCCACACAAAUGUAAACAAGACAAAGCAUCUCUCCUGCUGAAGUGUACCCUAAACUGACUGAUCCCGCAGUCACCCCGCAUCGAAGAGGAAUACGUGCCGAACUUUGCUGUAGUGAUGCUGCAAGUGGAGAUGGUGCUAUUCGUCUUUCUGGUGCUAUGGAUGUGUGUAUUCAGCCAGGAACCCAGCUCCAAGGUGGUGGCCGACCGCUAUGCCGUCUUCUGGAACCGAACCAACCCCAGGUUCCACCGUGGAGACUACCACAUUGACGUGUGUAUAAACGACUACCUGGACGUGUUCUGUCCCCACUAUGAAGACACGGUGCCGGAGGAGCGGACGGAGCGCUACGUCCUCUACAUGGUUAACUACGACGGCUACAGUACGUGUGACCACACCGCCAAGGGCUUCAAACGCUGGGAGUGUAACAGGCCUCACUCCCCCAAUGGGCCGCUCAAGUUCUCCGAGAAGUUCCAGCUCUUCACCCCCUUCUCCCUGGGCUUCGAGUUCAGACCAGGCAGAGAGUACUACUACAUCUCCUCCACUAUCGCCGAGAACGGAAGAAGAACAUGCCUGAAACUCAAAGUUUUCGUCCGACCAACAAACAACUGCGUGAAAACUAUAGGCGUACAUGACCGUGUUUUUGACGUUAACGACAAAGUAGACAAUUCAUUAGAACCCCGAGAUGAUACGAGUCACGAGUCGGCCGAACCUUCCAGGAGCGACGGCACAAAUGCAGCGUCACACUCGCGGAUAGCCAGACCACUUCUGGCUGCACUGCUAAUCUGCCUAGCAACACUCUUCACCUUAUAGCGCCUCCCCCUGUCCUGGACGGGAAUUAUACCCUGUGAGGCCUGAAUCUGCCCAGUGCUGAGGCUGGGGCUGGGGUGGGAGAAUUGGGGGGGGGGGGGGGGUUUGGGGUAUUGAGAGUGGGCUUCAUAAGAAACUCUCUAUUUUCUUCCAGAUAUUUAAGUGGUCUUUCUCCUUCAGUGAUUUUGUAAAAGUUGAUGUUGGAAGCGGGAGAGACUGUUUCCCUCUUAAAACUGUCAACUAAGAUGCCAAAUCCUUGUUUUUGACACUUAGUGAUUCUUGUUUUCCUAUGACUUCUGACAUCACUUUACGUCAUGCUGAUCCAUUGCACCGCUCACAUACGCAAAUAGGCACACACACCUACACACACACACACACUUUUACACUGACAGUUGAGCAGUAGCUCUUUUGGUAGGUUGUAAACCAGUAAUACACAGUACGUAAUGGUGGUUUUAGCUCGUAUGUAGACAAAGAACAAGGGAGCAGAUGUGGGUAGUACUCACAUCUCCUAGUCUUUACAGAUUCACCUCUCUCGGGACCAGGUGGAUGUAGAUAGGUGUGUUUUUGUUGGGUUUUAGAGAUAGAGGAGGAUCCUAGGUAUCCGUUGAGAUACAGUGUAGAACAUGUUUAGUAGGAGGGUAUGGGAAUGAGUGAGCUGAGUCGGUUGAACUAUUGUUGAGUCCCUUGGCCUCUUUGACGAAGGUUUGCUCUCAUUUUGCCGUCCUUGCGUGUGUGUGUAGAGAAAGGCCUGGUCCAGUCAAGAAAACGUUGCCUUGGCACACAAAUAAAAGACGAAUCAAACACUUUCCUUCGACACUUUGUGGACCGUCGCUAGAAUAAAACAUCAAUUAUUUAAACGAUUACUCCAUUUAAGAGCGGCAGACAUGCAGGUCAUUUUGUGCUUCAUUCAUUGACUUCAUCUGUAAUUGCUCCUUUGUGCCAGAUGAUGCGUUGUCAAUAAUAACAAGACUCUUAACUUGAAGCUUGAACCCUCACUGAUUGCAGUUUAGAUUCAGUUUGUUAUAUAAAAAAUAUUUAAAAAAUUGAGAGUUGUUCCUUACAUACUAUGCCUUCUCUUGCUAAUGUUCUGAAUGUCAUCUGUGGUUACAACAAAGACAUGUGCGUAUCAGAGCGUGGAGAGAUGUUGCGUUGUUGAAAGGCUGUGUUAAUGGUGGAGAGAAGAAUGUGACUCUAGCUCUGGGGUCUGUGUCAACAGCUAAGAAAGGUGCCUCUCUCACCCUUUUCAGAAUACCACUCCCCUACCACGCAACUACAUAUUUUUUUCCCCCUACAAUUGCUUAUCAUUAGUUCACUUAGAUAUGCUGCAAAACUUCACAUGUGGAAUUGUCUCUCAGCAUAGCUCUUCAGUAUACCCAUUAAGGAGGCAUCAACAGUGUUGCUCUCCUGUAUUUUUCCACAAGUCUUUCCCACUCAUGCAUAACCACAACUUCAACUCUAACCACAGAUUCAGCAGCCAUUAGUCAAAUAGCGCUCAGACGCCGUAGCUACAGUCCAUUAUAGCAGGCGGCCUGUUCUCCACUGACCAGACCACAUUCAUUCUACAACCGUAUAAUUCAAAUUUAAUCAACUCGCAACGAGUAUCUUAAUAGAGAAAAUAUCCCUUAACAUCGAGUUGGAAUGCAGAGCAGUUUAGGCCACAUUUUGUUUAGCCUGUAUUUCUACAUUGCACUGUUCUAUAAUGACAUUCAACUUCCUUAGACUCACACAGGCUCAGAUGGUAGAUUAACAUAGUUGGAGAGAUUUAAAAUGGAAACACUGUUACAGAUACAUGAAUUAGGUCUGUUGACACAGGUUUCCUUUCAGAGGACGGAGCGAGAGAGAGAGAGAGAGACAGAGAGAGAGAUGCAUGCCUAGUUACCGCUUCUACUGUUACGGGCUUAAGUGACUCUUUAAUGAGGUUCAAAAUGAGAGGAAUGCGGACUCCAUGUUGUGGAGUAAAGGGAGUUUUUUCUGGUAUUAAAAAUAGAUGGUGGAAGGCCUGGGGGGUCUCCGGGGGGGGGGGGGUGUACCUUUCACCCUAGGGUUUUUUAAAGCAUCAGUGACCUUGCAGUUAGAGAGGGCUGGUGAGUGAAGAAGAUGGGGGAGAGAGAAAUAAGGAGAGAAGGAGAGAGAAAGAAAGAGAUGUGACGGAGGAAACAAGCUGCAUAUAUGACUGGAGUGCCUAACAAAAACCACCCAGUACAACCUUUUUAAAAACACUAGAUAAAAUGGCAUAUACACAUAUGCUUAAAGUACUACUGUUCUCCCCGAGGCAUGUUUUGAUUUGUUUUGAUUUAUUCUGUUAUUGAUUUUUCUCGGCUGCCUUCUAUAUUCUUCUCCUGAAGGGUUGUGUGUGCUUUCGGCCGUAUUUGUUUUCAUACUAUGGUAACAAUGCUAUUACAGUAGAAUAGCAGCUCAUCUUUGGGGGGGGGGGUAACAGGAGAUGACGCCAUUUAAUGAGGUACUAAUUUUCACCAGAACGCCACAGGGGAUGGGCGCCAUGUUCAAUCCAAGAUGGCCGCCUUUCAUCAACAACGUCAUAGCCUACACUUUUUUUGGGAAGACCAGCUUUAAUUGUAUUCUAUUAUAAUUGCCCGUACUACUCUUUAUCAUUAUUGCUACUAUUAUUACCAUGGUUUAUUCUGUACACACGUUAACUUGGGAAAUGAGGAUCAACUUGUUAACUGGAUACCGUGUAUCCUGAGGUAGUCAACCAUAUAACAAGUAGUGUUAGAUUAGUUACUGUUUUUGUACCUUUCUGGAGGACAAAAUAAAAAAUUAAAAAAUAAAAAUAGACACUUCAUUGUUAAAACUAUUAUUAUUGUUAUGAUGAUGAUUAUUGUUAGCAAAAACUCUUGAUGUAAAUAGUGUUUGAUAUUAAAGUUUUAAUUUGAUUCAUAUGUCUUUUCUAUAAAAAAAACAACAAUGAACACAGUAGAAUCUCUGGAUAUUUGGGAGUAUACACAUGAAAAGUGCAUUGUGAACUGUGAUCUUCAAUGCCUAGAAAUUACAAGCUGUGCACAUCUGUGCUUUACUUGUGUGUACUUGUGCAUGAGUACUGGUGUGUACCUUUGCACCUGUGCGUACCUGUGUACAGCUGGUUGGACUUAAAGCCAAUGGGGGGGGGCCUCACCUGCUACAUAGCUAUGUUUCAACCAAUCAAUCAACAGCCACCGUCACCACUUCGUCACAAGGAUCCACACAGAACAGACAGAGAGAACGGAACAGACGUGGACAAGAUGAACAGUGUUUGUGCUUUUUCGCCUUCAACGUUUGAUAGCAUGAUGGUCAACCCAGAGUUUUGCCAUGGCUGGACUUUUGGUUGUUUUUUUAAUGGAAGGAUCUUGCCAGUUUCAUAUGUGGCAUGCGCAUGGACUUGUUAAUGAAACAUGUCAAAACAAAACAAAAUGGUAACAUGUUUUUUUUUCUUUAGAACUUUGUUAAAUGUAGGAUUCUCCCUUUUUAUUCCCCACUGUCAUGUUGUGUGUUUUGCAUCCCAUUAAAAUGAGGUCAUCUGGCUGAUGAGCUGUGUGGCUACAGAAACAGAUGACAUGUACAGUACAUAAUGCAGGCUUGUUGUGGCGUUAUAUAGGGGGGGGUGGGGGUGGAGUUACAGAGGGAGACGCUCAUUAGUAGUCGAGAUAAUUGUUGUUUUCUUCCCCUUAACUUUGAGAAUCAAUCCUCUGGUAACUUUAUACUGUUCUACCAAGUAGCUGUAGUUUUUGUCCAUUCUGACUAUUCAUGCCCUGUUUAAUGUGUGAGUGUGUUUUGUGUACAGUGUGUGUGGGAGAGAGAGUCUCUAUCAUUGUGUGUGAGGAAGAGGUUUGUUUGUGCAAACUAGUUUGUGUGCAUGUGUGUGUAUGUGUAUUCGUAAUGCAUCUUACACAAGAAUGUGCAUGAGGGUUUGUGUCUCAUUUACUAUUGCCGCAUUGAAUGGGAGACACGGAAACUCUCUUUGGCAACAAAUAGGUUUUCCCAUGCCUUAGGCCAGAACCAUCUGUGUUCAACACCCCCUGCCAUCCUCCCCAACCAUGGAGUGGGUGCUGGCGGCACAAAGGUUACCCAGGGGCCUUUACUCUCUCCCUGUUUUGGAAUUUGAACCCCCACCCGCCUCACCAUAGCCUAGCAGCCAGACUACAUAUGUUAGCUAAGUCACUACUUGGUCUGGGUAGAAGUUAUCCGUUGGCACAGAUCUAGGAUCAGCUUACCCUCUCCCUAGCUCAACCUAAACCAUUAGAGGGAAACACUAAAACACUGCCUAGACUGAUCUUAGAUCAGACUGUAGGGCACAUUUCCACCUACUCUCGUUCCCCAUGUGUCGAGAACCACUCAUUUGUGUGUGCAUCAAAUCCCAUUGAGCGUACUCCUCUUGUGCUUGUAACCACCCCACCCCCUACUCUCCCCCUCACCCCUCACCCCUCCUCACCCCCACCCCCUGCUUUCCCCCUCUCCUCUGAUCCUCUUUGGGGGGCAGAAGUAUCGACCGACCUGCUUUGUUUCCAGUAUAUAAACAAGAACGAAAAACUGACAAAAAAUUAUCAAAAGGUCUGUAUUUGUAUAUACACGUGUCUGAGCAACUAUGAAUAAUAUUAAUAAAAUGGAAAUACAUUGCUUUGA